CAUCACCUCUUCUCUUGCCACCUUCAAUCCUUAGCUCAUUACUCUUCUACAUAACCAAGCCAUUUCCAAUAUCUUCUUUUUAUAACAUAAAUAGCAAGAAUAUGCAAAUCUUGCCUUGUCUCUGCUUCCUACUUGUGUUUAGCUUUUGCUCUCAUGGAACUUAUGGAGACAACCGGGGCUGGCAGGCAGCCCAUGCUACGUUCUACGGCGGCAGUGAUGCUUCUGGAACAAUGGGGGGAGCUUGUGGUUAUGGAAACUUAUACAGCCAAGGAUAUGGAACUAACACUGCAGCUUUAAGCACUGCCCUUUUCAACAAUGGUUACAGUUGUGGUGCCUGCUUUCAAAUACGUUGCAACAGUGACCCUCAGUGGUGCCUCUCUCGUACCAUCACUGUUACAGCUACUAACUUCUGUCCUCCUAAUUUUGCACUGGCUAAUGACAAUGGUGGCUGGUGCAAUCCGCCACUUCAGCAUUUUGAUUUAGCAGAGCCUGCUUUCUUGCAAAUCGCUCAAUAUCGAGCUGGAAUUGUUCCUGUCCUCUUCAGAAGGGUGCCGUGUGUGAAGAAAGGGGGUAUGAGGUUCACCAUCAAUGGUCAUUCUUAUUUCAACCUGGUGUUGAUAAGCAACGUGGCUGGUGCAGGGGAUAUCGGGGCAGUGGCCAUCAAAGGGGCAAGAACAGGGUGGCAAACCAUGUCAAGAAACUGGGGGCAGAAUUGGCAGAGCAACUCGUACCUCAAUGGCCAAAGCCUCUCUUUCAGAGUUACCACCAGUGAUGGCAGGACUAUAACCAGCUUCAAUGUUGCGCCAGCAAAUUGGCAAUUUGGACAAACUUUUGAAGGUGGCCAAUUUUAGGAGACUUUCACGAAAGUGUUUUAACAGUAAAGAAAGAUAUCUAGUUAUUACGCAUGGCCGGUUAUGCAGAGGAUAGCUUAAAGGCACCUAGGCUUUCAAGUGCUAUGUAGUUUAUGUACAAGUAAUUCUCAACUUUUGUUGACAGAGAGUGGAAGAAAUAAUGCAACUAUAGUUAUACAUGAUUUUCAAUAAAAUUCUGGCAUAUUGAAUUAUAAA